ACGCAGAAGAAUCCAUUUUUAUUCAUAGGAACCCCUGGAUUCCCGGAAGAGACUGUUACGAGUCCUAGAACCGUCAGAUGAGCGGGUUUUGAAGUAAAUAUAGCUCGUCUUUCAUCCAACGGUUUCGGAUUCUUUAGACGGGCCGAGCCUCGGGACCACGAAUGAAUAGAAUAUUGUGCAUUUUUUUUUAUAUCGACACGGUAAAGCGACAAAUUAAUAGAUCACUGACACGUGCAAGAUUCUGGCAACCCAACAUCCCAAAAUUAAAAAUUCUCAUUGUUCAUCUCUAUAAGAAGCCCUCCGGCAUCACGAAUCACCUUUCAUAGUUUGAUCAAUACCGAUAAGGUUCAUAAGAAUAUCAACAAUGGAGUCCUUAUCAGCUCCCAAGUGGAAGGCUAAGGUGUCCACCUUAGCCCUAGAGAUGGCCACGGCAGAUCAGAUAUGGCCCCUCCUCCUGGAUUUCUUCAACCUCCACCAGUGGUUCCCUAGCCUCGCCAUGUGCCGAGGAGUCCAUGGUACCAACGGCGAGCCUGGUGCCAUUCGGUACUGCACCGGUUUCUCGUUAUCAGCGUCGUCGAUAGAUAGCCAACCGACAAAAUAUGAUCUUGGCAAUAAGGAUAAGUCCGAUCCUGUUAACUGGUCAAAGGAAAAACUCGUGAGCGUAGAUCAUGUUAAACGGAGUCUAAGUUACGAGAUUGUGGAGAACAUUGGAUUCAAGUCUUACGUUUCCACAAUCGGUGUUGUCCCGAGGGGAGACGGGUGCUUGAUCGAAUGGGAGAUUGUUGUCGAUCCGGUGGAAGGGUGGGAACUGGAUGAUUUGGUGAGCAAGUAUGAGAUGGGUCUUAAGGGCAUGGCCAAGAACAUGGAAGAUCAUGUAUUGGGAAUUCACUAAAAAAGCAAAGAAUGUCGCAUUUUGUUCACCUUUUUUUUGUUUUUUGUUUUUCUUUUUUUCCUGAGUGAAAAAUAUUUUUCUUAAUUUUGAUUUGGUCUUUCCCUAGCUCAAGGAAAUUGGGAAGCGUACUUCCAUAAAUCUUUUUUUUUUUGCCCUUUCUUUUCCUUCUUUUUGGUGUAUUUUUUGGCCGGUGAAUGUGUAUUUCUUGCCUGCUUGGCCUUUUGGCUUAGAUCAAUUUCCGUCCAAUAGUAAAAUUUUCAGUAUGUACAA